AUGAUGAAGGACUUGAUGUCCCGGAAAUUUGAUUUUCAAGACUUGGCUACGGUUACACUUACUCGGACCUGUAGUGCAGUGGUGACGAUACCUAUUGCUGAAAAGCUGUCUGAUCCAGGUAGCUUUACAAUUCCAUACACUAUUGGGAAUUUCGCUUUUGCUAAGGCGCUCUGUGAUUUAGAGGCCAACAUUAAUUUUAUGCCCCUGGCUAUCUAUAAGAGGUUGGGCAUUGGGAGAGCUAGACCCACCUCCAUGUUGCUACAGCUGGCCGAUAGGACUGUGAAGCGUCCAUUCGGAAGACCAUUCUUGGCCACGGUGAGAGCUCUAAUUGACUGUGAGACUGGGGAGCUCAAAAUGAGACUCAAUGAUGAGGAAAUAACGUUCAAUGUGCAGAAGUCUAUGAGGCGACCAAGCGAGUUCGCCAAUUGCUCUCUUAUAGAUGUCGUGGAUGUAAUUGUAGAUUCUGAUGAUGAGGUGUUGACAAUUGAGGACCCUCUUGUUGCAUGUUUGAUGAACUUAGAUGAAGUGAAUGACUAUGUGUCCAAAUGGGUAGAAGCUGCGGCGUUACCCACCAAUGAUGCAAAAGUGGUGGUGGGAUUUCUAAAGAAGAACAUAUUCACCCGCUUUGGGACACCACGAGCAAUUAUCAGUGAUGGAGGCACUCAUUUAUGCAACAGGGCCUUUGAAAAGUUGCUUGCUAAGUACGAUGUGCGCCACAAGGUAGAUACUCCUUAUCACCCGCAGACUAGUGGACAGGUUAAUGUGUCCAACAGAGAAAUCAAGAGUGUGUUAACCAAAACUGCCUUGCACCUGUCAGUGGAACUUGAACAUAAAGCAUGGUGGGCAUUGAAACAGCUGAACUUAGACAUGGAAGUUGCGGGCACGUCAAGAGUCACUGAAUUGCAUGAGCUCAAGGAGUUCAGAUAUCUUGCUUUUGAGAGGACAAAAUUGUACAAGGAGAGAAUGAAGAGGUUGCACGAANAACAUUGUUGA